AUGGCCGAGGCGACGGCGUACGAGGAGCAGCGGCGGAGGCAGGUGGAGGCGAACAAGCGAAAGCUGGAGGAGCUGCAGCUCCAUCACCUCUCCGCCGCCGUCAGAGAGGCCGCCGCCACCGCCAAGCCCUCGCCGGUCAAGAAGCGGAAGGCGCGGGUGCCGCUUGGCGCCGCCGACGCCGUGAUGGAGCCACUACGGCGGUCCGGCCGAGUCGCCAACCUCCCCGAUAAGCCCGUGUACCGCGAGGAGGUUCCAGCUUUCGCGAGGAGGAUUAGGAGGACGUACGGAUCGGCGAGAAAGGAUCUGGCCAACCGAGUGUACGCGACCGACGAGGCGAGGAGCUACACCAUCUCUAAGGCGGAGGAUCUGUUGCAGGAGCUGGACUCCAGGUUCCCCAUCUUCAUCAAGCCCAUGACCCAGUCCCAUGUCACCGGGGGCUUCUGGCUGGGCCUCCCGAAUGAUUUCUGCCGGAAGCACCUGCCCAAGCGUGACGAGACUAUCACCCUGGUGGAUGAAGAUGACAACGAGUCCGACACGCUCUACCUCGCGAUGAAGAAGGGCCUCAGCGCUGGAUGGAGAGGGUUCGCCAUCCAGCACAAGCUGGUUGAUGGAGAUUGCUUGGUCUUCCAGCUGAUUGAGAGGACAAAGUUCAAGGUCUACAUAAUUAGAGCAAGUUCUUACUAUGAAAGUGAGGACUGA